CCCCACCUUAACAACGACAACACAACAUGGCGCCUUCAUACGAGAACCUCCCGCUGGAGGAAGACGAGUUCGACGAGUCUCAGAUCGACUUCACAGACCUUGAAGAUCAGUUCCAAGUCCGCCUUGACGAAGGGCUCGACGCCUUCGUUGUCAUCGAUGGCUUGCCCGUUGUCCCCGAGGACAGCAAGUCCAAGCUCAUCAAGUUCGUGUUGAGGAAGCUCAACAGUGUGGGACGCGUCAAGGAUGACGGUGUACACAUGCCUGUAGGCGACGAUGGCAAGACCGAGGGCUAUGCCUUUGUCGAGUACAGCGCACCCGCUGAGGCUAUCGCAGCCGUCAAGCAGCUCCACGGAGCCCCGCUCGACAAGAAGCACUCCAUGGCCGUAAACAAGCUCACCGACAUCGACCGCUACGGAAAGGAGGGUCGCGUGGACGAAGAGUACCACGCGCCCGAGAUCGCGCCGUUCGAGCAGAAGGAGCACUUGAGGUGGUGGUUGGGAGAUUCGGACGGCCGCGACCAGGUCGCCAUGUACCGUGGCGAGAAGGUUGGCGUUUUCUGGAACGACAAGGAAGACCAGCCCGAGGUUGUUGUCGACCGUGAGAACUGGACAGAGUCGUUCAUUCAGUGGUCGCCACGAGGAACAUUCCUUACCUCGAUCCACGCGCAGGGUGUGCAACUGUGGGGUGGCAGGGCAUGGAGCAGACAAAAACGAUUCGCGCAUCCUGGUGUCAAUCUAGUCGAUUACUCGCCCGGCGAGAACUACCUUACGACCUGGUCGCACCGCCCCCUGCAGGUCGACGAGAACCACCCGGUCCCGACCCUUUCGCUUGAGGAGGACGGCAAGAACUACAUCAUCUGGGAUAUCGCUACUGGAAAGCCGCUGCGUUCGUUCGCCACAAUCGAUGUGCCCAGUGGCAUCGAUGAGGAUGGCAACCCGAUCAAGAAGAAGAUGCAGUGGCCAACCUUCAAGUGGUCAGCCGACGACAAGUAUGUUGCUCGCCUGACACAGGGUCAGUCCAUCUCGGUCUACGAGCUACCCAGAAUGAAUUUGAUGGAUAAGUCUUCUAUCAAGAUUGAGGGUGUUGUGGACUUUGAGUGGGCCCCUGCGACCCCCAAGCGCGAUGGCAUCAAGACAUACGAGCAGCUAUUCUGCUACUGGACUCCUGAGCUUGGCAGCAACCCCGCGAAGGUUGGUCUGAUGUCCAUCCCCUCGAAGGAGAUUGUCCGUACACGAAACCUUUUCAACGUCUCUGAUGCUAAGCUCCACUGGCAAUCUGAGGCUGCGUACGUUUGCGUCAAGGUUGACCGUCACUCGAAGUCGAAGAAGUCCCUUGCUACAAACCUCGAGAUCUUCCGCGUGAAGGAGAAGGGUGUGCCUGUUGAGGUCGUCGACUCCAUCAAGGACGCCGUUAUCAACUUUGCCUGGGAGCCCAAGGGCAACCGCUUCGUUCUUAUCACCACUGGCGAAGUCGUUGUUCAGGCCGCCGUCCCCCCAAAGACUGCCGUUUCCUUCUUCGCUCCCGAGAAGCUCAAGGGUGGCGCCCCCGGUAACUUCCGCCAUAUCCGCACUGUCGACAAGAAGAACAGCAACACCAUCUACUGGUCGCCCAAGGGCCGAUUCGUUGUUGUUGCUACUCUGCAAUCUCAGCAGUCCUUCGAACUCGACUUCUGGGAUCUCAGUUUCGAGAAGCCCAAAGACGAGUCCGAGAAGGGUGACAAGGAACUCCUCGCCAACCUACAGCUCAUGGAUACGGCUGAGCACUAUGGUGUGACCGAUAUUGAGUGGGACCCUACAGGUCGCUACGUUGCUACCGUUGCCAGUGCUUUCCGUCAUCGCAUGGAGAACGGUUACCAUCUGUACGACUUCAGGGGUACUCUCCUGCGCGAAGAGCAUAUCGAUGGCUUCAAGCAGUUGCUGUGGCGUCCUCGUCCUCCCACACUUCUGUCCAAGGAGGAGCAGUCCGAGAUCCGCAAGAACCUCCGCAACUACUCCAAGGUCUUCGAUGAGCAGGAUCUUGCCAAGAAGAGCUCCGCUAACAAGGCUGUUAUUGAGGAACGCAGGGAGAAGCUUCGUGAAUGGAACGAGUGGCGCGCACAGGUCCAGGAGAGGUUACGCGAGGAGGGUGCUGAUAUCGAGCUCGCCGCCGCUAAUGGCGAGGUUCCCGGCGAUGCUGAAGGUGGUGAGGCCGAGGAGAUUGAGGAGAUUGUUGAGGAGAUCAUCGAGGAGAGCGAGGAGAUCAUGAACUAGAUAUCACAGGAGACCCUGUAGUUUGAUGUAUGUAGAUGUGGAAAUGGAUGGACGCGAGAUGACCAGAG